UUAUCAGUCGUUCAGAAAAGAGCUCAAAACAAAACACGCUCGAAUCCUUAAAACCCUAGUCUCGUCCAUCGCGUCACCAGUUCUCAAUGGCGAAAGCCCUAUCCCGCUCCACCGCAUCACGCGUCGCCAACCGUCUCUUUUCAACCUCCAGAUCCGCCGCUCCUUCUCCCCUACCUUCUCACUCUACCCUCAUUUCCCGUCGAUCGACACCGACUCUGUUCCAUGCCAUCGGAUUCAUCCCCAAUUCGACCCGCCUGACAACGAUCCGAACCCGGAUGGAUAGGUCCGGUGGAUCGUACUCGCCUCUUAACUCCGGGUCCAAUUUCAGCGGCCGAGCACCAACAGAGAUGGCGCCGCUGUUCCCUGGCUGCGACUACGAGCAUUGGCUCAUCGUCAUGGACAAGCCCGGCGGCGAAAACGCGACUAGACAGCAAAUGAUCGAUUGCUAUGUUCAAACCCUUGCCAAAAUUGUCGGAAGCGAGGAAGAAGCUAAGAGGAAGAUCUACAACGUUUCUUGCGAGAGGUAUUUUGGGUUCGGUUGUGAGAUUGAUGAAGAGACAUCAAACAAACUCGAAGGGAUUCCUGGUGUUCUCUUCGUGCUUCCUGACUCUUACGUUGAUCCAGAGUACAAAGAUUACGGAGCUGAGUUGUUUGUGAAUGGAGAAGUGGUUCCGCGUCCUCCAGAGAGACAGAGGAAGAUGGUGGAGUUAACCACUCACAGAAGCUCGGAUAGACCCAACAAGUACAAUGACAGAACCAGGAAUGUCCGACGGAGAGAGAAUAUGCGUUAAGACUCCAGUUUCUCAGAGUCUUCUAUGCUAAACAUCUUCUCCUUUUUUUCCAUUUGAACUGUGAUCGUAUUACCCUUUUUUUUCUUAUGUUAUUUGCUUCACUAUGUCUGAAUAAUGUAAAGGGUGAUGAUGGUGUUAUGUAUAAUGUUGGUUAUCUUGCUUCACCUGAAGCCUUAUUGCUAGCAGAUACAGAAUUUUUUAUGUUAUGGAUUAAGUUAAGCUUA